UGGAAAUCGGUUAAAAUUAAAGGUUUCGUUAAUCACCCAACAGCUAUAAGGCUUGCUACUUUAAAGUUGCAGUUACCACAUCUUCAUGAUGCAAACUUCUUCAUAGUUCGACGAAACAAUAUUGAAGCAGACAAAUCUGCGACAUUAAUUUGAAACAAAAUAAAAAAAGGAACAUUUUUUAAAAUACCUUUGAAAUAUGACAUCGAAAUGUUUCCUCAAGACGCGUAGUGACAUCUAGUAUAGGGAAACUCAAACACAACCCUCCGUACUCCGGAGGUCAACCUUGCCAUGCGCAAAUGAAACUUUCCAGAUAAGCCAUAUUAGUCCAUAACCAUCUUGGCAAUAAAGUCUCAAUUCCUUUGAACGUUUUACGCAUGCGCUGUUAAAUUGAUUUGUAAUGUCAACCCUUGACAGAUGCUAAAAUGUGUUGGUAAGAAACUGUGUUGUUAUUUGUGAAAUAAACAAAAACUAGUGAGGGUACGGGGAAUGCUGUAGCAAUGAAACUAGAAGCAUGUUUAAUUUUAAUGCUGAACGCGAUAUCGUCGGGCAUGCGGCGCGGGCCUCACCACCCGCACGGCCAGAUCCCGGUUGAUCACAAGCAUCACCAUUACCAGCCUCGAGGGUCGGAGUCACUCACCGCGGACUCGGAUUUGCUGCAUGACACCAAGCAUUUAGAAGAAGAUUCACAAGUUCUUAGUGAGGAAAUGUUAUCUAAAAUGACGCCUGAAGAGAUGGAGUUUCAUUACUUUUCAGUUCACGACUUUGAUAGGAAUUCAAUGUUGGAUGGCUUGGAAUUAUUGAAGGCGGUUUACCAUACCAUGGAACACGAGGUCCUCGACGCUGACGAGGACUCCUCUAUUGAACCUAUAGCAAAUAGUAUAGAAAUGUAUGUGUCCCUUGUCGACCGUACUCUAAAGUCUGAUGACACAAACAACGACGGCUACGUAUCGUACGCGGAGUAUCGAGCAGCUCGAGCCAGGAAGGACAAGAGGCGAGCCGCGAGACAGUCCGCUGCCAGUGCCAACGCACCCGCCUAGUUCCUUUUAUAAGAGACAAUAAUUAAUUUUACAUUUGGUAGUAAUACAGGGCCUGGAUUUGUCCAAGCGCUGAUUGAAUCGCUCCAUGUUUUGUUCAAUUCGCGUCACUUGUCGUCACUGUUCGUCUUGUAGUUUAUUGUAAUAAUGGAUACGUUUUUUUUUGUAUCACAAAUAU